CCCAGCAGCACGAACUCCCUUGCUGGAGACAACUCUUGGACCCUGGGGUGUCCCUGGUCCCAGCACUGCUGCUGCAGUGUCCAGUUCUCCCCUCCCCAGCCUGCACAGCCCAGCAGAGGAGGCCACGACAGCCCCCUUAUCCCUCCUUGGUGUUGGUGCAACUGGGGUGGCAGCAGCUGGACAGACUGCCACCGAGUCAGCUACAGACACCACUUCUCCUGCAUCCAUCGGCUACCAGAACAUGGGACAAGCAGCAAGCACGUCACCUCCUGCCUUCCAGACAUCCCCAGGGGCACCUGCCUGGAAGAAGAAAACAGCCAUCAGCACAGGCAGCACCACUGCCACUGCUGCAGGGAGCACCAUGGCCAGCACCACAGGCAGCACCACUGCCACCACUGCAGGACACAGCACUGCCACCACCGCCACCCCUGCAGGGAGCAGCACUGCUACCACUGCCACCACUGCAGGGAACACCAUGGCCAGCACCACAGGCAGCACCACUGCCACCACUGCAGGGAACACCAUGGCCACCACUGCCUCGACUGCAGGCAGCACCACAGCCAUCACUACAGGGAACAUCUCUGCCACCACAGCCACCACUGCCACCACUGCAGGAGGCACCACAGCUAUUGCAUCCACAGCCCCAGUGAGCCCAGCCAAGGAGGCAGGGAGUCUCCCAAGCACCACGGCACCAGUGACACCACCAGCCACCACCAGCCCUGCCACCACCCUGUCUCACACCUUUGGGACACAGAGAGGACCAUCCACUGAACUGAGCACAUCUGCCCACACCACCGCUGGGCACAGAACCCCUGCACCUGAGCCGAAACCCACCCAUGAACUUAUCAAGCCAGCGACUUCACUCUACCCCUUUGGCGUGGAAGCAGGGGAUCAAGAGUACGUCCAGAGGAUGGUGGAAUUUAACUCACCACUGUUCAAGCCAGAAAUUGGAUUUCCCUUUGGGAAGUCACUGCGAGAUGUUCUCUAUUUUACAGAUAACGGACAGAUCAUUUUUCCACCCACGGACAACUAUGUCCCAACUAACCCCAACCCCCCUCCCCGGGGCUUCACUGGCCGGGAGAGCUUGCCAAUGGUGGCUGCCUUUUGGGACGAUGCAGACUUCUCCAAGGGUGUUGGCACCACUUGGUACCAGGAGUACUCUACACUCAGCUCUACCCAAGACCCUGUUGUCCGAGAUGUAGAAGCAAAGAUUGAGAAAUACCUAAAAAUCCCCUAUGUAGCAAAAUGGACCUUGAAGGUGACAUGGGAGAAAGCUCCAGCGUACCCAUCCCAGAGGGAUGACACUCAGACGAGCACCUACCAGGCAGUGCUCAGCACCGACGGGAGCCGCUCCUUCGCCCUGCUGCUGUACCAGGACGGGGGGAUGCGCUGGGACUACAGCAGGCUGGCUGCAGCCAACGUGCUCAUCGGCUUCUCCAGUGGCAAUGGCUAUGCCCAAAACAACGAGCUGACUAAGGAGCCACCAGCUGUCAAGUACCGACCAGACCAGCACAGCAGCACCGGCUCUGAUGUGCGUGGGCUGUGGAUUUACAGGCUGGACAGUCGCUCCCGGGUGAAUUACAGGCUGCAGUGCCUGGCGUGGCUGGACAUGGAGCCAGCUCCGGCCACCUGGAACAGCCAGCUGCCACCCUGCCCCUGCUCCCGGCCCCAGGCAGAGCUGGAUCCCCGCUACUGCUGGAGCACAGGUGCCAAGGACAGCCCCCAGGACCAGCUGCAGGGUGGGGGGAUGGUCCUCUCCUGCUCUGGGGGCGGCUGUGACCCUCCCACUAUUUCAGGCCCAGCAGACACCUCCACGAGGAUGCUGCGCACUGCAUCCCCCAGCCCAGCUGGAGCUGGGGUACGGUGUCUGUACCAAGGUGGGAGCUUGCUCGAAGGCUGGCAGGAGAGAGCAUGGAGCCCCCCCUUCCACACUGCCACUGACACAGAGCUGGAAGCAUUUGACUGGUGCUGCCGGCGUGUGGGGAAGCCCCUGUUCUGUGCCAGGUUUGCUGAGAAGAGACCGAGGGUUGACUGUGAAGGAUAUGUGCCACCCACCCCUGCUGGUGCCUUUGGGGACCCUCACAUCACCACCCUGGAUGGACUCACCUACACCUUCAAUGGGCUUGGGGACUUUGUCCUGCUGCUGGCCAGUGAUGCCCGGACCAGCUUUGUUUUGCACGGGCGAACAGCACAGACUGGCAUGGCCCAUGCCACCAACUUUGUGGCCUUUGCUGCCCAGUACAUCUCCAAGACCACCACAACAGUUGAGUGGACCUUGGGGAGUCAGGAUGACAUCCACGUCCUCCUGAACAACGAAACCAUCCAGUUUUCCUAUUCCCAAGACCUGGGUGAGGAGGUGUACUACAGCCCUGGUGUCCUGCUGGUCAACUCCUCCUCUGUCACAGCUGUCCUCGACGGGAGCGUGGCUGUCUCUGUGUCAGCCACCUCUGGGAUCCUCAGCUUGGUGUGCAGCCUGCCCGACUGGUACCGCAACAGCACCAGCGGCCUCCUGGGUGUGUGGGACCAUGACCCUGCAGAUGACUUCCAGAUGCCAAAUGGUACCAGCAUCCCUGUGAACAGCAGUGAGGAGGAGAUCUACAGCUAUGGGAUGACCUGGGCUGUUGGGGAGCACAGCCUGUUCACUCAGCCUCUGGACUCACCAGCACUGAACUUCACACCCUUCUUCUUGUCUCGGCUGCGGCAGGAGAAUGAAAGCCAGUACGAGCUGGUGGCCUCUCAGUGUCACGGCAGCAAGGAGUGCAUCUUUGAUUCACUGAGCACAGGGAACCUGGCCCUGGGCCUGGCCACCCAGAGCCUCACAACCAAUUUCCAGCAGAGGAAGACAGCACUCAAUGCCUUCCCUCCCAUCAUCACUGGUGACGCAUCCAUCACAGCCUUCAGGACACAGAAGGUCACAAGGCAGUACCGUGCCUUGGGGGAGGGUGCACGCUUCAUUCCCCAUGUCUCACCAGAGCUCAACAUAUCGGAGAAUGGCACCCUCAUAUGGGAGCCCCGUAGGACAGCCCCAUUCACCAUCAACCUGGAGGCUGUUGGCUCCAACAACGUCUCUGCACUCCUCCAGCUCCGCUUCACCCUUUGCAGAUGCAGCAGGAGCCAGGACUGUGACUACAGCAACACUGUCACUCUCGGGGAGUCUUCCCUGCAGCUGGCAGCCUGCAGAUGCGAGAGCGGCUACUCAGGUGCCCUCUGCCAGACCCCUCCGGACCCCUGCUCCCAGGGAUGCUUCCCUGGCGUGGGAUGUGACCCUUCCAGUGGCUGUGGCCCCUGCCCAGCUGGCCUGACGGGGGAUGGAGAGCACUGCUCAGAUAUCGAUGAGUGCACGCAGGGGAUGGAGUGCCCAGGGAACAGCACCUGCACCAACACUGUGGGCAGCUACAUCUGCUCCUGCCUGGCCAGUGAGCAGGGUGAGAGGCCAGGCUGUGGCUCAGCCUGCGGCUACCACUCCUGCCCUGAGGGCUACUGCAGCAACGGGGGACGCUGCCACCUUCACCCCAUCACUUGUGCCCCCACCUGCUCCUGCCCCCCGGCUUUCACCGACCAGCGCUGCCUGGUGGCAGGGGGGGAUUUUCAGCCCCUGCCCAGCUCAGGUCUCCCUCGGAGAAGCAUCCAGAUGAGGAUCAGGACACUGCAAAACGCCACUGCUGAGGAAGUCAACAGCACUGUCUCAGCCAUCCUGGACUCCCUGGAGGUAAAGGCUUUCCAGAGCAACACCAACAUCACCCAGAUGACAGACAGCGACGGCUUCACCUUCGUGGUGGUGUCCGAGUUCGCCUAUGACAGCCGGGGCACCAUCAUCCGCUUCCUGAACGAGGAGCUGCCGGCCGCCAUCACCGGCGCCUUCAACGGGCGGCGGCGGCGGCGGGAGGCGGGCCCGGGGCUGCUCUUCCAGCGCCUGCACCGCGACAACAUCACCGACCUGGUGAAGCUGACAGUGGAUGAGCUGAGGGACUACUUCCCCUGCUCUCUGUAUGGCUACAAAGGCUACCAGCUCCGCUACAUGGGGACCAUCGGCUUCAUCUGCAUCUCCCCCUGCAAGAUGGGCUUCUGCCAGCACGGUGGCCAAUGCCAGCACCUGCCCGAGGGGCCCAUGUGCAGCUGCCUGCCCUUCUCCAUCUACUCUCCGGCCGGCCCCCGGUGUGAGUGGCUGGCCGUCAGCCUGGCUGCCUUCCUCGGCAUCCUGCUGGGAGCCCUGGCCCUGCUCUGCCUCCUGUUUGCCAUGGCCUGCCUGGCCCUGCGCCUCUGCCGCCAGCACCGCCGGCACCGGGGGGCCAAGGAGACCUUGUGGAGGACACGACCCUUCUCCUCUUUAACGAUGGCAGGAGAACAAGCAGAGCCCACCCAGUCCCUGGAAAGGCAUUGGAAACUGCAGCUCCAGGCCAUUGACCCCUCAGUCCAGAUCAGAAUCCAGAGACCCCACGUUGUGCCUCCCAGCCAGGCUCCCCAGCAGCCCUAACCUGGCACCAGUCCUUUUCUGGCACCUCCAGGCUCACAGGGGAGUCAGACACUGGUGCCUGCUCCGCUGCUCGCUCUCGAGGUCUCCAGCGGCAGCAACGCAUGGAAGCAGGGACAGGCAGCUGCCUUUUGGGUUCUGGGAGGAUUCUGGAGGAGGUGCUUUUUUGAAUGUGUGUUUAUGUUGGGUGACCAUAGCAGGAGGAUUUCACCUUUCCUGAGGACCUGCAGAGACACCUGGAAUCAUCCUGGAAUGUGCCUGCACCAGGGGAAUGUGCUAGUGCAAUAUAACAGACCCUGCAGAUCCCCUGAGAGCAGGGUCAGGUGGGGAAAUGCAGUGAUUGUAAUCCCUUAAAACCAAAUAGA